AUGGCGGACCCUGCCAUUUACGACUUCCUUAGCCAAACGACUGCUUCAAAUUCUGUACCGAAAACGACCUCCAGAAAAUCUCAGUCUCAAUACUCUUCCUCACGCAUUUUUCCAUGCCUUUACUGUCCUCGAAAAUUCUACACUUCCCAAGCCCUAGGCGGCCACCAAAAUGCUCACAAAAGAGAACGAGCAGCUUCGCGUAAGGCCUUCACCUCUGAAAUUCUUCACCUCGGUUCGCUUCAACACUCGAGGCCACCGCCGCCGCCGCCGACUACUUACCACCAUCUUGCAUCGCCGUCUACUACAGCACUGGCUCCGUCGGCGCUUUUUGACGAGCAUUGGUUCCACCAGAAUAAUCACUACCGAGGUACUACCACUACAGCCUCCGCCUCGCCGAACGAUCUCUCACCGAAUGCUGAUGCUGCCGUCGAACACGUAACCAUCGAUCUCACUCUUCGCUUAUGA